CCGGCCCAGACCCAGUCUCUCUCCCCGGCCCAGACCCAGUCUCUCUCCCCGGCCCCGACCCAGUCUCUCACCCUGGCCAGACCCAGUCUCUCUCCCCGGCCCUAGCCUGGCCUGGAGGCAUCUCCCCCACCUCUACCAGCAGCAGCAGCCCAACAGCCACCUCAGCCUCAGUUGCCCCCGGUGUGACCUUCUCCAUCAUCUCUGCCUCUCCGCCCGCCGACACCGGGAACAACAGGGUGUGGACCAUCAAUGAGGCUGUCAAGGUCCAGCCUCUGGUCUUCAACACUGACAAUAAGUUGAAAAUAAUCCAGCCGGAGGCAGAGACCCCCAGCUCCUCCCAGGACUCCCCAGGAGGACCCCAGGGGGCCGACAGCCCCUCACAGGAGAUCCCCUCCACCUCUCCCUCCUCUACACCAGCCAAGAAGAAGAAGAAGGAUGAGGACUCAGAGAAAAUGACCUUCAUGGUGGCUCUUGGCCUGGUCACUACAGAGACACUGGAAGAGAUCCAGACCAAGAGACAGGAGAGGAAGAGGCGGAGCACAGCCAACCCAGCCUACAGCGGCCUGGUCCAACCAGAGCGGAAACGCCUUGCAUCAAAUUACCUGAACGACCCACUCUUCCUGUCAGUGAGAGCCACUGGGGACUACAGAUGGAAGGAAGAGCUGGAGCACGACGACCACUGCUCUGUGUGUAAGGGGGACGGAGAGCUGCAGCUAUGCCACAACUGCCCCAGAGCCUACCACCCGGACUGCCUGCACCCACCUCUCAAAACACCGCCCCGGGGGGUCUGGGUUUGCACCAAGUGUCAGAAGAAGGUUCUGAACAAAGAGAACAUGUCGUGGCCACAGAACUUUGCCCAGUCCUAUGUGACACACAAGACGGUGAGAGAGGGGGAGAAGAGGAGUCUGCUCAGGAGGAAUGUAGAGCUGAAGAAGGAGUGUGCUCACCUGGAGGAACAGGACCAGCAACUCAGCACGUCCCUCACGAAGGUGAUGGGCGUGCGGGAGCGUCUGAUUGGUCAACAGAGGGACACCCAGUCCUCCCUGGAGCGUCUCAAGGCUCUGAUUCGUCUGAUCCAAAGAGACCAGAUGAUCCAGGUUACCAUGACAGCCACCGCCACCACCACCGGAGUGUCCCUGCUCUCCCUGCCCUGGAUCAAACCCUCCGGCGCCGCCACACACACAGUGCCCCCUGCUGGACCGUCUAUGCUACUGCAGCAGAAGACUCUGGUCAUGCCACAGUCUCAGACACAGAGCCAGGCUCAGGGCAAUGUCUGAGCUCUAGUAGUACCAACCCAGCCCACCAGGGGGCCACAGUUCACAGUCCAAGGCUGCGCCACAAAUGGCACUCUAUUCCCUAUAUAGUGUAGAACUUUUAAUAAACGGACCCAUAGGGGAAGUUUCAAAUACAUGUCCAUUUGACAUCAGAGCCCUGGUCUAAAGUAGUGCACUACAUAGGGAAUAGGGCCCUGGUCUAAAGUAGUGCACUAUAUAGGGAAUAGGGCUCUGGUCUAAAGUAGUGCACUACAUAGGGAAUAGGGCCCUGGUCUAAAGUAGUGCACUAUAUAGGGAAUAGGGCUCUGGUCUAAAGUAGUGCACUAUAUAGGGAAUAGGGCUCUGGUCUAUAGUAGUGUACUAUAUAGGGAAUAGGGCUCUGGUCUAAAGUAGUGCACUAUAUAGGGAAUAUGGCCCUGAUCUAAAGUAGUGUACUAUAUAGGGAAUAGGGUUCUGGUCUAAAGUAGUGCACUAUAUAGGGAAUAUGGCCCUGGUCUAAAGUAGUGUACUAUAUAGGGAAUAGGGCUCUGGUCUAAAGUAGUGCACUAUAUAGGGAAUAGGGCCCUGGUCUAAAGUAGUGCACUACAUAGGGAAUAGGGCUCUGGUCUAUAGUAGUGCACUAUAUAGGGAAUAGGGCUCUGGUCUAUAGUAGUGCACUAUAUAGGGACCUUAGGGCCCUGGUCUAAAGUAGUGCACUACAUAGGGAAUAGGGCUCUGGUCUAUAGUAGUGCACUAUAUAGGGAAUAGGUCUCUGGUCUAAAGUAGUGUACUAUAUAGGGAAUAGGGCUCUGGUCUAAAGUAGUGCACUAUAUAGGGAAUAGGGCUCUGGUCUAUAGUAGUGCACUAUAUAGGGAAUAGGGCUCUGGUCUAAAGUAGUGCACUAUAUUGGGAAUAGGGCUCUGGUCUAUAGUAGUGUACUAUAUAGGGAAUAGGGUGCCAUUUGGGACUCAGGCGAAGUAUCCAUGCCACGUGGCCACCUGUCACAGAGACAUUGAAGACAGCGGGGUUUUUUUUUAAGAAGAAGAGGAAGAAGAAGUCAGAGACUCCAUUGAAUAUUAGUGAACCGUACGGUUGAAGAGCUGGAGGGGGAUGAACGAGACACACACAAAAAACACAUCUUCCUUUUCACCACAUUUCAUGAUAAGUAUUUUUUAAACCCAACACCUACAGUGCUUACGAGAUUUAUUUUAUUUAUAGUUUUUUGUUGGUAUUUAUUAUUGUAAUUAUUAAUGUUUCUUGGCCUUAAUGUAUUUACUCGGACUGUAAAGAAGCUAGAUCACAGUGCUGCAAAUUAAAUAGGUAUUUUCUGUGUGGCUGAAAAAUAUUUUAGAUUUUUUGGUUAUUUUCUAAACUGGUAUAAUAUUUGUUCUGCAUAUAGAGAGAGAGAGAGAGACAACACUAGCGUAGUUAGUUACCAAUGAUCAAAGAAUAUGAAGAAGUGGGAACAAAGGACUGCUAUAAAUCAGAGUAGGUCUCUGUGAACUACAUUUUGCCAUAAUUAUCAGGUGGGAUAAUCUACAGUAGACCCCAGGUGGGAAAAGGCCCAGGGAGAGAAGUUUUCAUUGUGUAUGUACGGGAAAAUGUACGGGAAAAUGUACGGGAAAAAAACAACAUACAAGCCUUCAAAAACAAAAAAACAAGAGAAUCACUUUUUUCUCUCUCAGUAUUAGUAUAGUUUAAAGAGACAAAAAGAGGUAUGUAUAGACGACUACAGAAUGUAGUCAUUCUAGGGGAGAGUUGAGUAUUUUCAUGCUGUUGAUGACUUAGUUUGAGUAUUUGAGGAGUAUUGAUGGAAGGGAUCUAUCGUUGUAUAUAGGUUGUAUAAUUAUCCCCAGGUUACUGUUACCGGAUUCACAACAACAACAACCAACAACA